AUUAAAACUACUAACACAGAUGAAAUUGAUUCGGAAUCUAAUGACCUGGAAGAGAAUGACGAGAAAGAAAUUAAAAAUCUCAUAGAGGAUAAGAAAAAAUGGGAUCUUAGACCCCCGAAAAAAAUAAAUUAUAUUGAUGUGUCAAAUUCUGAUUUAUCGGAAAAUGAUUCCAUUUCUCGAGAAAGUACACCAUGUCCCACAAAUAUUUUAGCACCAAAUAUGGCCUUCAAAGUAGAUGACGACAAAUCGAAUGAACAAGAAAAUGACAAUUAUGAAGAUAGAGAUAAAUACGAUGCAGAAAGUCUCGAAGAACUGCAUUCAUCUAACAUUGCGUUAUCACCCAAGACUUGUUUACAACAACAAACAUCAUUGUUAUCUGUUUUGAAACAAUAUUGUGCAAGAGAAACAACCUCACCAUACGACCCGGCUCACAGUUUCAUUAUGGACCUAUCACCAUCAUCAAAAAUAAAGGAUGGAUUCAGUUACGAACAGUGGUCUGAGUUUUUGAAGAGAAGACCCGAUGCAGUUAAAAAAACUUACCAUCACGAAAUCGAACCGUUUAUUGUGCACUUGUUUGAAAAUAAUAUGGACUUAUCUCAAGCCCGUUUGAAGUGGUAUGAACUUCGAAAUGUGGUUGCUCCUACCUACAAUAAUGAGUUCUCAUAUGCAGAAAAUGACUGGGAAAAAAUUAAACGUUGGAUUGAACGAGUAAUAGGGCAAUUCCUGGAUGCAUUUGAAUCAUAUAGAAACCCUCUACAAAAUAAUUGUCUUGAACGUGAAUGGACGGGAGAUUAUAUCAUACCUUUAAUACAAGGUGUAUUAAAAUUAGAUGGCACGUGUUCUAUCCCAUGGGGAGAGAUAUCAGUAUUAGCAACUCAACGUCGUCGUAAUAACGAGAAGGAUAUUAAUAUUGAAAAAGUAACCAGAAGUCAUCUGGCUGAUUUACUAUGUAAAUACGAGCAGUAUGAAAUUGUUUGCGGAUUAAUAUGUGGUGGCCCACACUUUUAUGAUCUAACCAAACAUUCGUCCGACCAAUUUAAUUUACCACGGAUGAUGAAAGAUAUGUUUGACGAUUUAGAAUUAAAAUUUCUUUUAUUCUGGCAAAGAUGGAUCACAAUUGUAUAUAAUUGGAAUACAGACGUAUAUGACAGAAGUUAG